CGUCUCUUCUCCUUAGGCCUUGGCUCAUCGUAGGCCUUGGCUUGUCGUACGUGUACUCUAGGCGGACCCCAUUAGUUAGGAUUGUUGAAAUGCCUCGCCAUAGUCGUACUUCGCUUGACUAUGAUCCAUUGACGGCUGCGAUCGCCCCACCGAGCGACGAGACGCCAGAGCAGCGCGCGAAGAGGGAGCAGGACGAAGCGGAGGCGCAGAGGGUCAGCGAUCUUAUUGACGAGCAGUUGAAGGCGGAGAGGGCAGCGUUGAAGAAGAAGAAACCGCCGAUCAAGGUUUUGCUGCUCGGGCAGAGCGAGAGUGGAAAAUCGACGACAGUCAAAAAUUUCCAGCUUGCAUACGCACACAAUGCCUGGCUCGAAGAACGCGCCUCCUGGCGCUCCGUCAUCCUCCUCAACCUCGUCAGAUCCGUAAACACAAUCCUCGACAUCCUCGGAAAAGAAAUGCACUACGUCUCCUCACCACCACCCUCGUCCAACCUCCGCCUCCCACCCACCUCUCCCACGUCCUCCCAAACCUCAGACGAAGAUGACGACGACGAAGAGGAUGAACCCGAACGUAACCUCCCUGCUCCUCUUCCCCGUCGCCCAGGCUCCGCAUCGCCCCCCGCAACCCAACAAGACAUCGCACUCUACCAAAUGCAAAUGCGAACACGCAACACUCGCUUCUUAUUCACCGAAAAACAUCGUCUACUCCAAAUGCGUCUGAAACCCCUCCGUCGUGUACAGAGGGAUUUGGAACAACUCCUUGGUGCGCCUUCGUUCGUCGAAGCGGACGAUUUGCGCGGACCUGCGACUCCGUUUGCGAGUAUGGAAGGCUCGUCACCCUCCUCUACUGUAUCGUCGAGAAAACGAAUGAGUCAGUCGCACGAGUUCGUGGUGAGGUCGCGGAACGGGUGGAAAGGCGCUUUGAGACUGGGCGGAGACGAGGAUGAGAGGGAGAGAGGGGAAAGAGGGAAGGGAGGGAAGAGGGGAAGGGAUGAGAGGAGCGAGGAGACGAUGGGUGUGAUUUCGGGCUGUGGGGAGGAUAUUAGGGCACUGUGGGCGGAUCCGAUUGUUCAGGAGGUGUUGGCGAAGAGGGGGGUGAAGAUGGAGGAUCAGCCGGGGUUCUUUUUGGACGAAGUCGACCGGAUCGCGACGAGGGAUUAUGAGCCGUCGGACGACGACGUCGUUAAAGCUAGGCUACGAACGACAGGCGUGCAGGAAUAUCAUUUUUUGUUCGAAAAAGGUAGUGAAGCGGGCAGGGAAUGGAUCAUGUAUGAUGUUGGGGGUGCGAGAUCAUAUCGAUCCGCGUGGUAUCCGUAUUUCAUGGACGUGAACGCCAUCAUCUUCCUCGCCCCGAUCUCCGUGUUCGACGAGCCGCUGGCCGAGGACCGCAAAGUGAACAGAUUGGAAGAUAGCUUUUUGUUAUGGAAGGCUGUGUGUUCGUCGAGGUUGCUAUCCAAAGUCCAACUCAUCCUCUUCCUCAAUAAGUGCGACCUGUUGCAACGGAAACUGAAACGGGGCAGUCAGCUCAGGCAGUAUAUACCGACUUAUGGAGACCGGCCGAAUGAUUUGGCUAAUGUCGCGAAAUAUUUCCGCCAGCAGUUCCGGGAGAUGUCAAGGAGGUAUUCGCCGGAGCAGAGGAGCUUCUACUCGUUCCUUACUUCCGUCGUCGACGUGAAAUCGACCGCGGUGACGCUCGGAACCGUCCGUGAAGGCAUCCUACGCAACCAUCUCGCCAAUGCGGAACUUAUCUGACAAUCACAGUGAUUAGUUCUCUGCGCUGGUCCUCCUUUCGAUCUGUUUUUCUCAUUGAUAGGUACUGUGGGGAUAUAUUGACGGGUACCCCACCCAUCCGUUUCCCUCCGUCCCCCUUUUUUUAAUACAUCACUUCGUUUGCGCUACGCAUCCAUUUUGUUUUUGUUGUUGAUUUUUUUUUUGACUCGUUGCUUUUCGACAUCUUUAUUAUCUACUCCCCUGUUGUUGUUGUUGUUUCCGCCUAUCUAUUUAUCCGACUGCCUGUCUAUCUAUCUUGUUUGCUACAUCUACGGAAUCGGCCUUGUGUUUACUUAUGAUAUGUUGUACGCGCUCUGUCUCUUACCUACCCUACCCUACGCUCCUGUUUUCGUUUCUGUUCUUGCCAUUACCUAGUCUCAGACUGUUGUACGUCCUGUCUCGUUUCAUUACUUCUAUUCCUUACUGCCACUCCUGCCACUCCUACCUUGCUUGAUCCUCAC